GAACCGACUUUCCCGUGCGGAAGGCCAGCAACCAUCGCGGCGAGUAUACCGAGGUCGUUCUGCGAGUCAGGAGCGCGUCGCUUGUCAAGAUGGUCGCCGCUGGCGUUCGCCACGAGCGACAGACGGCGAGCAGCAUGAAGAAGAUCAACCUGGUGGACGUGAUGAAGAUCGAGACGGCGGGCGAGCGGGACGAGCAGGUGCUGCUGCACACCAAGUCGCGCGUGUGGCAGCUGCUCGUGGACGGCGAGUCGGACCAGUUCGCAUCCACCGUGCAGAGGAAUGCCAAGAUGUACCUGCAAAAGCACAUCCCGGUGCAGCGAGUCACAGGGGAGGAGAUCCUCAUAGUCACCAACGCAAGGGCUGAGUCACUGCGAGCGUCCCCUGUGCUGUACGAGUUCUCAGUGGUGAAGAACAACGACCCCGCCAGUGGCAUGCAGAGGGAGAGGAGCCGAUACCCCUUGCGAACAACGACCCUGCCAGCAGGAAGAGGAGAGGACCCUGAUGAGAUUCUUCUUUUGCCUCCUCUCCUUCCCAUGGUUUCCCCUCCUCUCUCCUUCAACCCCCCUUCCCACCAGCGCGCGUCCCCUGUGCUGUACGAGUUCUCGGUGGUGAAGAACAACGACCCUGCGAGUGGCAUGCAGAGGGAGAGGACGCUCGUGCUGACCAAGGAGUUUAUGGCGGAGAUGACUGGCAGCCAUGUGAUCGCGCUGCACAGUCUGAGCGACAUCCUGGGACUGGUGGUGUCGGACAAGAACGAGAGCGAGGUGAUAGUGGAGCUGAGUGGGUGGCGCGCGACGCAGUACUGUGUGGCGGACAGGGAGGCGCUCGUGGGCAGCCUGGCGGAGGUCGCCAGCCACGCCAAGGCCCGCAACUUCUCCGUCCGCCUUGAGCCCUUCGCGCAGCACACUCUGCCAGAGAAACCCUUGCCUCUCUAUCAGAACGAGUACGAGAUCUACCUGAUAGCGCGCUUCAUGACGGUGUUCCUGGCGCACCGGGAGAACCUCUCGGAGCUGACGCAGGCGGAUGUGGUGGCGCAGUGGCUGCCCAUGGUGAAGGAGUACGCCUGCAACAUGCACCCCGGCGACUCCCUCUGCAUCGACGCGCGCCCCAUGCUUGCUGUCGCCGAGAUGCUCCGAGCCAGCCUGGACUUGAAGCCAGGGCUGGGAGCAUCGUACGCGGUGACGUGCUGCUCAGUGGUGCAGCGGUUGCUGGGCACGCGGGGCGUGUUUGAGUCGGUCAAGUCCAACCCAGACUUCAUCAGCAUCCUCAUCAAGGCCCUCAAGCACCCAUCGUCCGUGGUGGCGUUUGCAGCAGCCAACACGAUCCGUGCAGCCAUAAAGCACUACUCAGCUGACUCACCCGCUCCUGACUCCCCUGCUGCUGCCAGAGCCUCCACCACCUCCUCCUUCCUCAUGCAAGCCUGGCCUGCCCAUGCGGAGGCGGCCAACAAGCACGUGGUGCUGAGUGGCGACAACCUGCAGGUGCUGGUGGCUCGGCUGCAGACAGACGCCCUCGUGCACCAGAAUGCACUGCAGGUGCAAGGCAUUCUGGAGAUCCUCACUCUCGCGCUGCACCUGCCGCCCUCGUCUGAUGCCGAGGCAGAGAAACACUGGAUGGAGACCCUUGAGAGCUCUCUGCUCGUGGCUGCUGACGUCAUCAGUGCCAUUUCCCGGAGCCGCAGCAACAUUAUGUACUGCAGUUUCAUUCGCCCUCUUCUUUCUUUCUUCCAACCAUUCUCUGUAUUCGAUAUGGCUCCCAUACCCCAGUCUCCCCUCCCCUUCUCCACCCGCAACCUCUCCCCCAAGUAUCCGUCUCCAUGCUCUCGGUAUUUCCCUCAAUGCCCCUGCUCUCCCCUCACCAGCAAUGCGCUGCUGAUCAAGACCAUAUUCACACGCUGCUCGCCUGCCUUCAUCACGCGCUUCAGGACGGUGAUCCUAUCCCGUGCAGUGGUGCUGCUGCUGCUGAAGAACGCACUGUUCAAUAAGCUGGAGAGGGCGAGGGACGUCAGCGCAGAGCUGCUGUUCCUCAUUGCUGAGAGCGAUGCCAAAACGCAGCUCCUGCUGGCGAACCUGCUCCCCAAGGAGGCUGCCAAAGCUGCCGCAGCAGGCGGCGCAAGCUCUACCCUUGCAUCCGGGCUCAAAGUCGCAGCAGCAGUGGCAGCAGCGGCAGCAGCAGCAGCCACAGCCAGCACAACCACCGGCACAGCACCGGGAAGCGGGACUGCUGCGGGAGAAGGCAGUGGGGGAGCGGUGGGGAUGGGGGGUGGGAGUGGAGGGCUGGGGGGUGUGGUGGCGCUGGGGGUGUGGAAGGAGGCGCUGGAGAUGCUGAGGCGGAGAAGCAUCACAACGCCGGUGCUGGUGUGGAACGACGCCAAGAGGCACGAGCUGCACGCGUACCUGAAGGAGCAGGUGGAGGCGUUUGAUGCAGCCCUGGGGCGGACGGGGGGCGGCAAGGACAUUCACUUCAACACAGACGACUGCGAGUGCUGCUACACCCCUGCCAGUAACGAUAACGACGUGUGCAAGACCAUAGUGGAGGGGGUUCACCUAGAGGUCCUGUUACAGCCCUCUGACGACUCCUCCCCGGCUCUAGCGGCCCACUGGAAGCUGGACGACCCAGCAGCUCUCUUCACCGCCACGCUGCAGGCGCUGCUGCUCUGCUUCACGCCGCUCUACGGCACGUGCGAGCUGCCCGAGAUCGAGCCGCGUCUGGCGGUAGAUGCGCUGACGUGGAUGUACGAGCGGCAUGAGGGGGAGCUUCGCGGCGUGGUGGAGAACUUGCACGUGGUGGAGCUCUUUGUGGCGAUGCUGCGUGAGGCCAUAGACAACGACCACGUGGUGUUUGCAUUCAAGUCGCUGCUGCUGCUGCGCAUCAUUCUCGAGAGGGCUGGUCGCCCCGCCGUCUCCCGGUUCGUGAAGGCGGGAGGCAUGUCCAUCAUCCUGCCCCUCAUGGUCAACUCGCUCGCCAAGGCAGGAGGCGUGCUCGUCAUCCUGCCCCUCAUGGUCAACCGGGAUGGGCCGAGGGGUGAUCAAACUGGUGCCGGUUGUGCAGCAGAUCGUGAGUGCUGCAAGGACGAGACUCUGUUUGAGUGUGAUGCGCCGAGUGUGAAAGACCGAGGGGCGAUCGAGGUGGUGCCGGUGGUGGGAGCGGAUGGCGAGGUGCGGAUGGCGCGCGUGCCGUCUGGGCGGCAGGCGAAGGAGGGCGGCGCGAGCACUGUUCAUCACGGGGGGAGCGUGGAGGCGAGGGAUGCGAUCAAGUGGCAGGAUGAGAGUGUGCCGGAGAAGCUACAGCUGGGGAUGGCUCUUGAACUGCUGGAAACUGUCCUAGACGUGGACUCUAGGGAUGCAAUCAAGUGGCAGGAUGAGAACGCACCGGAGAAGCUGCAGCUGGGGGUGGCACUUAGACUGCUGGAGACCGUUCUAGAUGUCACUGAGGUGCCGGGAGGCUUGGAGAGGUACCCACCGCCCCUUCCUCUGGAGGACCUGGCUCGGCCGGAGCUGUUGUGCAGCCUCGUGCAGCUCCUGCUGCGGGCCAAGUCCCCCACCUUCAGGAGUAUUCUCGAGGUGCUGUCCAUCCUGUGCCGGGGAAACAAGCAGGCGUCGAAUGAGCUGCGCCUCUUCCAAAGACGCCGUCUCGUCUCCUUAAGUAUUCUGAACGUUUCCCCCCAACACCUCCCCCCUGCCACCAGGAUUCUCGAGGUGCUGUCCAUCAUGUGCCGCGGCAACAAGCAGGCGGCGAGUGAGCUAUGCCGCUUUGGGUGCUUCCCCAUGCUGCUGUGGAAGGUGGUGGCAGGAGACAUCAGCCACGACGACCGCACCCGCAUCCUCAAAUUCCUUGCCCGCACACACCUCCUGCAGGACCCAUCCGCCUUAGAGCAUGCGCCAGUGAAGGGGCUAGUGGUGGUGGAGCAUCUGCCGUGGCACGAGAGCAUUCUCCGGCUAUACCUCCCUGCUGGGCUCGUCUCGAAGCUCAUUCAAGAGGUGUGUACGAGGCUGCUUGCUGCUUGCUGGCUGGGUUUGGUGAGAUCAUUCCUACAUCAUGCUCAAAGCAUUCUCUUCCCGUACCUCCCUGCUGGGCUCGUCCCGGAGCUCAUUCAAGAGGGCGCAGAGCUGUUCCUAUCCAAUCUAGACACGGAGGACAUAGACACGCCCGAGAUUGUGUGCGUGGACCCCUCCCUCCACUACCAACUCACCCCCUUAUGCCUGUCCCAUCACAUGUAUUCCCAUGUAUUCAUCUCACCUCAGGGCGCGGAGCUGUUCCUAUCCAACCUGGAGACGGAGGACAUAGACACGCCCGAGAUUGUGUGGAACGAAGACAUGAAAGAGCGCCUGCGAUGCUUCCUGGAAGCGGACUUGCAGCCAUACGUGCAGGCACGGGCGGGGGACCCUCACGCUGUCUAUGUGUACGAGCCCAAGCCACCGCUCGUGUAUCCUGAACUCGCAGGCACCAUCUUCGUGGCGCCGGUGUAUCUACACAACGUGCUGGACGCUGAGAGGUUCCCGGCGCACCAAGUGUUUGACUCCACGUCCUUCCACCACAGCGUGCUGCGGGUGAGUGGAGUGCUGAGGGUGAGUGGCGUGCUGCGGGUGAGUGGAGUGCUGAGGGUGAGUGGCGUGCUGAUGGUGAGUGGCGUGCUCAGGGUGAGUGGCGUGCUCAGGGUGAGUGGCGUGCUCAGGCUCUCCCCUCCCCAGGAGUACGAGCCCAUUCCGCAGGCCACCUCAGCAGGGGGCAGUGGUGCAGUGACAUGUUUGGCAGAGAAUGAGUACGAGCGCAUUCUGCAAGCCACGUCAGCAGGGGGCGGUGGUGCAGUGACGUGGCGCCAGGAAGCCCCGCGGCUCGUGCUGCUGCUCAAGGCGCAGGUGGCCGUCAAACUCCAUGAUAAAGAGGUGACUUUUGAGUCGACUCAAAGUCUCCUAGGCAGUGAUUCUGGACUGCUAUCCGCGGUUCCUUGUGUAGAGGCGGAGAGUGUAGUGAUCGACAUGGCGACCCCAGCGCUGCGUGCAGUGAUUCUAGACCGGUACCCACAGAUCCCUCUGGGAGCAGAGGCAGAGAGCGUGGUGAUCGACAUGGCGACCCCAGCGCUGCGUGUGUGCAUCGCUCAGAGGGACGACUGCCCCCCUCAGAUGGCCGAUAUCCUGCAGCAUGCUGCUAAGAUCCUCCGGGGGAUUGCGGCUACCAGAGACAAGGACGCGGACGUAUCUCAGCCGUCUAUCAACUUCGCCCUAAGCGUGCUGUCCUGUGGAGCACGUGUGAAGUCGGACGGAAGCUUCCCCGACUCCCCUGCCAAGUCCCCUCUCGAACCCGCUCUCUCCUGCGCCCUCUCCAUCCUCGAACUCGCCGCCUCCUCCAACGUCUACUACUCCCCUGCUGCCAAGUCCCCUCUCGAGCCCGCCCUCUCCUGCGCCCUCUCCAUCCUCGAACUUGCCGCCACCUCCAACGUCUACUACUCCCCUGCUGCCAAGUCCCCUCUCGAGCCCGCCCUCUCCUGCGCCCUCUCCAUCCUCGAACUUGCCGCCACCUCCAACGUCUACUACUCCCCUGCUGCCAAGUCCCCUCUUGAGCCCGCCCUCUCCUGCGCCCUCUCUAUCCUCGAGCUCGCCGCCUCGUCCAAGGAGGGGCGCAAGCAGGCGAGGGACGACAUGCGGUGGCACAAGGGAUUCUGGUGGGCGCUGUGGUUCGCUGCCGGGGAGAGCAGCUGGGGCAGCAACCUCCUUCACUCCGUUUAUUCGCACAUCCAUUUUAACCCCUCUGGACCCCUCACAACCUCUCUUGACCACAGGGAGGGACGAAAGCAGCUGAGGGACGACGUGCGGUGGCGCAAGGGCUUCUGGUGGGCGCUGUGCUCUGCUGCAGGGGAGAGCAGCGCGGAUGGGGUGCCCUGCUCGCUGGCCUUUGCUGCUCUCGACUGCCUUAACCACUUCGCUGGGGACCGGGACAUGUGCUACCGGCUGAUCAACCAGGCCCUUCAUCUGCCGCUGCUGCUCCUCGCUGUUCCAUCAGAGUCAACCCUCGAGGAUGAGCGGCGCCGCAAUGAAACAGGUCAAGAGCCCAACUUCAGGGCGAAAGCGCUACAGCAGGUGGCAGCAGAGGUGCUGCGAACGCUCGCAAUCACUCUUGAGCAAGCACUCCCGCCUGAUGGCGAACCUAGCCCCCGAGGCUCUCUGCUGCACAUGCAGCAGUUGGAGCAGCAGCAGCAGGAGCAGGAGCAGGGCGGCCUGCUCUCAUACGUCAUCCCCUGGGGUCUGCUGGAUGCUCUCAAGAAUCCCGAUGCUGGGGCGGCGAAGCUUGUUGCGUUGGUGGGAGCCGACGGCGAGAUGCCGACCGCGAUUUGGAAUGCGGCGGUGAGGGAGGAGCUUAGGGGGAAGGUGGAGGCGCGGAUUAAGAGGUUUAACCUGGCGCAGGCUGGAGGAGGGGGAGGAGGAGGAACGGAGGAGGAAGAUGAAGUGGCGUGGCUGCGCUCGUUCAG